GCCCGUCAGUCGAUCUGCAGCGUCGGCCGCCGCCACCGGCCGGCUAUCCGCAUACUGCCCGGCGCGCUCGAAAAAAAAAUAACAAAUUCCAAACUCCAAAAUCGUCCCUGUUCGUUUACCUUGAAACUCCGUCAAGAAAAAAACGAGACUACAGUGUUCGACUCAAAGUGACUGUGAUCAGCUGAUCCCGAAAAUCUUGAAGAAUCGACGAUUUGGUGAGUUGAAGCAUAAGCAUGUUGAAGUUCCAUUCGGAUACAGGGAUAAAGCACGGGCCACAUAGUGAGAACUAUAGUGAACAAGUGAUGUGUUAAGUUGAUAAGUGACAGGUAGUUGAAAUCCAAGAUGGCUUCCGCUGACGUACAAGACUACGUUCCAGGCAUCACGCCUGGACCACUAACGAGAGAGAUCCCGGAAUGCAUGAGGGACAAGUAUACAAUAGUUCAGGCUAUACUGGACAUCAUAGGCUUCUGGAUUAUGAUAUAUACCCAUAUCUUCACUGCUAUAUACCGGUCAAUAGUGGGUGUUACGAAGAAGGACCUGAAAGGGGGUAUUGCGGUGAUCACCGGCGGUGGCGGAGGGCUCGGCAGUCUCAUCGCUCUGAGGCUGGCUAGGCUCGGCUGCACCGUCGUCCUGUGGGACAUCAACAAGCAAGGACUGGAAGACGCCGUGAAGCUGGUGAAAGGUAUCGGAGGCAAGUGCCACGGCUAUGUGGUGGACCUCACCAACCGCGAUGACAUCUACCGCGUCGCCAAGAAGGUCCAUGAGGAAGUCGGCAGGGUUUCCAUAUUGAUCAACAACGCCGGAGUGGUGUCUGGGCAAUACCUGCUGGAUACCCCCGACCAUCUCAUCCAGAGAACUUUUGAUGUCAACGUCCUCUCUCACUUCUGGACGGUGAAAGCAUUCCUACCACAAAUGAUAGAGCAUGAUGAGGGCCAUAUAGUGACGAUAGCUUCCAUGGCCGGCCAAGUGGGCGUGGCCAAGUUGGUAGACUACUGCGCGUCCAAGUCUGCCGCCUGUGGCUUCGAUGAAGCCUUGAAGAUUGAACUGGAGUGCCGUGGAGUCAAGGGAGUGAAGACAUCACUCAUCUGCCCGUACUUUAUCAGGUCUACUGGCAUGUUCGUCGAAGUUGACUCCAGGUUUGUGCCGCAGCUGAACUCCAACGAGGUGGCGGACCGCGUGGUGUCUGCCAUCCGCACCAACGAGCCCAUCGCCGUCAUUCCCGGAUACUUCCGUGUGCUGCUGCCUUUCAAGUGGAUAGUGCCAUGGCAGUGUAUAUCGGAGCUGAUCCGCGUGCUGGUGCCGGACGCGGCACCUGCGCCGCACGGCCCGGCACCUGCGCCCGCGCCGCCCGCACCGCUCAAUGGCAAGCGCGAAUCGCGACCCAUGGCGCUCGCGCCACCCGCCCGCCACGACCGACACGUCUGACCGAGAUAGCAUGCUCUUGUGCUAAUUUUUUGAGGGGUUUUGUUAAAUGUACGAUGGGAUUGGAAAUGUUUAACAAAUAUACAUUUAUAAGUACAUAUUUAUAAAAGAUAUUAAUUGUGUACAUUAAUGUCGAAUCGAAUCUAAUUUGAGCUCUAAGUAAGUAGCUUCCACAAAUCAUAGAUUUAUGAGAAUUGUUGUUCCCAAUCUUUCCAUUGAUGCAGUUCUACAUAAAUAACCAUUAGAACUGGUUUAAAAAUCAUUUCGCUCAAUAUUCUAGGGCGCGUUAAUUUAGGUAUUAUUUUUUUACGCCAAAAGUCGUCUGUCAGACUUGGUUACACAACUACUUAUUUGUCAAAUCUUCCGAAUUAAAAAAUGUUUAGAACAUUUUCAAUUCCAUCUCGUGAUUUGCUAAGGUGCUCCAUUGUUAGUAACUAAUGUUUAGCACUAAAAGGAUGAUAAUAAUGGGUAAACAUUUUGUUUAAACGAUGUCAAAAGGACCUCGAUCAUAUAAUAAGAGAGUGUGAAGUACAUUCCUUUUGACAAAGUCCCUCAUAGUUAAGCAAUGAUAAGCAGCGGUUACGGUUAGAUAUACAUAAAUAAAUCGCGUAUAAAAGCGAAUGGGUGAUUUCAAAAUGUCGUUACCUGUUUACACAAGUUGUCUGACGAUUUAUAAAUAUGCAUUUGACUUAUAAUAGGAACUGGGGCCUUAAUAUAGUUAAAAUGCCUAAAACGGCUCGAAGAAUGAAUUUAAAAAAUAAGUGCCUAUAUUUAGGUGUAAAAUUUUCCAUAUAUUCCACAUCUCCUAUGUGCAAAUAAUGAUUAUACGAAUAUACGUGAAUAUUUAUACGUGUGCAAA